GGAUGUGCCAUUUAUCUAGUUGCUAUUACAGAUGCUACUAUCAAUUUUUAUGCGGUGCGUCUUACAUUCGAAGCCCCUCAUUUCUCAGUUAAGAAGGAUACAGCGGCAUUUUCCAUCCGUCCAAGCGAGCACAGGUCGACGGGCCAUCUCGUGUAAAUGCUGUCGCUCCUCCUCGUCGUCAAGCAACCAUGGGCGAAUCUCUUCGGCCAACUCCCGUCUCAGGAGAGAUGAAAUCGCUCCUCACCGACGACAAGGAACUUGAUGUAUAUAAAGAGUGGAAGAGCGCCUGGGGGGGCGAGAUGCUUCUGGCCAUGAAGACAGCCACUCAUUUCGAGAAACAGAGGGCUGUUUUUACGGUUCAGAGACCACACCACAACCUAGAGGAUGUCUUUUCCCGCUAUCAGUGCAUCAUCGGGCUGGACAAAGACCCCAAAAACUGUACCUGGGAUGAUGUUAUGGAACACAUGGAGACGGCGCAAUCUGUCUACACUGCUCGAGCCAGCGGCAAUCCAGUAAGACGAACUCUUCGGCACGGUAGGGUCAUUGGCGCGACGUUAGGACCGUUGGCGGACAUGAUUCCCGAAGACGACGGACUGAGCGUGUUGCGAGGCGGGUUUGCCUUUAUAUUCAAGAUGGUCCAAAAGCGCGAGGAAAAUCGCGAGAAGAUCUUCAAUAUUUUUCAAGAGAUCCCCAUGGUCCUCAGUAACGCUUGUGAGAAGAGAAAGGUAUUCCCCGGAGACAACCAGCUCCAGCAGUGCGUCCACCAGCUUUGCGGCACUCUGCUCUACUGCAUCCCUAAGCUUGCAGAAAUCUUGCUCCAUAAGCAUCCCGGUUCAUUAUUAGACCCCAGGAGGCUUCUCAACAACUUGCCCGAACGAGAAGCCGUCAUGCUUGAUGAGGUUCUCCAAGAAAUCUCAGUAGCAACGUGCAAGCUCAGCCAGUGCCGCGAAAACAUUGUAGACGUCAAACUCGUCCGAACGGAACAGACAGUGGUCGAAGGGCUCCAGCAGACCAAAGCCGUCCGCCAGACCGUCCACGCAACCAAGAACCAGCUGGACAAAAUGGGCGUGGCCGCCCAGAAGAGCCACGAGCAUCUUACCGCCCAGAUCAGCGAGGUGCAGACGACGGGACGCGAUGUCCAGUCCGGCAUGCUGACCGUCCGGGACACCGUCGUCAAGCACAGCGAAGACGUGCGUGCCGGCGUGCAGGGCGUUGACCAACAGGUACAGACCCUGACCAAGGUCGUUGAGACCCUCCGCGAAGAGGUUCGGGCCAAGAGGGACGUGGCCAUACAAAGCGGUAACCCCGACCUGGAUGCUCUGAUUCAGACAGGGAUAUACCGAAUCGUGAUUGAGCAUAAAUACGUGCAAGAUACACAGCCAGCCAGCAUGUCGCACUUCCGCAGUCCCUCCCCGUACGGAUUCGAAAGACCGACAGUGACAGCCGAAGAGCUUCUGGACACCAUAGCCGUCCCCCACCUCGCCCCGGCGGAGGACCUCGAGAGGGUCCAGCGCCAGGCCAGGAGCCUGAAAGAGCAAGACCUCGGCCGCGCAAGCUGGCUCAUCAAAACGGACCAGUUCCGGGACUGGCUGGCGUCGCCCAUGUCCGACCUCCUGGUGGCGGACGGCCACUCCGAGACCAGCUACGGCAAGACGUCCCCCGUCUCCGUUUUCGCGGCCUCGUUCGUCUCCAGCCUCAUCAGCACGCGGCAGUCCAUCGUCCUGCACCACUUUUGCGGCGCCCACAAGGCCGCCGCCUCCGAUCCGCUCGCCGGCCCCCUGGGUCUCCUCCGAAGCUUGAUCAUGCAGUUGCUCGUCUACCCGGACCUCCCGCCCCCGGCCCUCGCGUUUGUCGACGCAGAGUUGCAUGGCAGGCUGGCGCGGCACGACGUCGACGCAUUGCUGUACUGUUUUGAUCGGAUCCUCCGGCAGAGUCCCCGAGGGUGUCAAGUGUUUUGUGUCAUCAACGGGGUAUCCGAAUUUGAAACCAUACUGUACGGGUGGCAGGAGAAGGUGUACGAGAUUGUCAUGUGCCUGCAGCGAGCUGUGUGCGACGAUCUAGGGUUUUCGUUCAAGGUGUUGUUGACGAACCCGGGGAAGAGUCUGAGGUUGGCCGGGAUGGUGGAACCACGACAACAUGUUGCACUUCGGGCCGGAAAUGCCCUCGGUCGUCCAGUGUUUGGGAAUAUGCACGAGUAUCUGUAGUUGGUCGGUGGUUGGUGCCGGCAACAACCUCCUGUCUGACCUCCAAGUCGACGAAACCUAACCUGAUUUAUAUAUAUAUAUAUUCAUCCACUAAUGAAAAGAGAACCGA